CCCGGCGGCACCAUGACGGCGUCUCCCGACUACCUGGUGAUCCUUUUUGUGACCACGGCGGGCACCAACGGGGCGAGACUAGGCUCGGAUGAGCGAGAGCUGCUCCAGCUCUUGUGGAAGGUGGUCGACCUGAGGACUAAGAAGCUGGGACACCCGCACGACGUGCUGGUCCGCCCCGACCACCCGGAGCUGACGGCUGAGUGCCAAGAGGUCACCAAGGUGGACGUGGAGAGCCUGGCACAGGCUCCAUCGUUGGAGCAGGCGUUGAGACAGUUUAAUCAGUCUGUGAGCAAUGAGCUGAACAUCGGUGUAGGUACUUCCUUUUGUUUCUGUACUGAUGGACAGUUGCACAUUAGACAGGUUCUGCAUCCUGAAACUUCCAAAAAGAAUAUCUUACUGCCUGAAUGCUUCUACUCCUUUUUUGACUUGCGGAAAGAGUUCAAGAAGUGUUGCCCUGGCUCACCUGACAUCAGCAAACUGGAUGUUGCGGCCAUGACAGAAUAUUUAAAUCUUGAUAAGAACAGUUCAGAACUCGCCUAUGGAGCCUCUCGAGUUGAAGAUAUGGGGAACAUUAUUUUAACACUCAUAUCUGAACCAUAUAAUCACAGGUUUUCAGAUCCAGAAAGAGUGAACUACAAAUUUGAAAGUGGGCCUUGCAGCAAGAUGGAGCUUGUGGACGACAACGCUGUCAUCCGAGCAAGAGGGCUCCCUUGGCAGUCAUCUGACCAGGACAUAGCAAAGUUCUUCAAAGGCUUAAAUAUUGCCAAAGGAGGUGCAGCACUCUGCCUCAAUGCCCAAGGUAGAAGGAAUGGGGAGGCUCUCGUCAGGUUUGUAAAUGAAGAGCAUAGAGAUCUAGCGCUGCAAAGACACAAGCAUCACAUGGGAAACCGAUACAUUGAGGUAUACAAGGCAACAGGUGAAGAUUUCCUGAAAAUCGCAGGAGGCACUUCCAAUGAGGUUGCACAGUUCUUAUCAAAAGAAAACCAAGUGAUAGUCAGGAUGCGAGGUCUUCCUUUCAACGUGACAACAGAAGAAGUACUGGCAUUCUUUGGCCAGCACUGUCCUGUAACAGGAGGGAAGGAGGGAGUCCUAUUCGUCACAUACCCUGACAGCAGGCCAACAGGGGAUGCCUUUGUGUUGUUUGCUUGUGAAGAAUAUGCACAGAAUGCACUGAAAAAGCAUAAGGACUUGCUUGGAAGAAGGUACAUCGAACUCUUCAGGAGCACUGCAGCAGAAGUUCAGCAGGUGCUGAAUAGGUACUCUUCCACACCUCUCAUUCCUCUCCCAACACCUCCUAUUCUUCCAGUAUUACCUCAGCAGUUUGUGCCUCCAACUAAUGUCAGAGACUGUAUACGUUUGCGUGGACUUCCCUAUGCUGCCACUAUUGAGGACAUCCUGGAUUUCUUGGGAGAGUUCUCUACAGACAUUCGGACCCACGGCGUUCACAUGGUGCUAAAUCACCAGGGACGUCCAUCGGGAGAUGCUUUUAUUCAGAUGAAAUCUGCAGACCGAGCUUUUCUGGCUGCACAGAAGUGUCAUAAGAAGACUAUGAAGGACAGAUACAUUGAAGUCUUUCAGUGUUCUGCUGAGGAGAUGAACUUUGUGUUAAUGGGGGGCACUUUAAAUCGAAAUGGCUUGUCCCCACCACCAUGUAAGUUACCAUGCCUUUCACCCCCGUCUUACUCCUUUCCGGCUCCUUCUGCAGUUGUGCCAACAGAAGCUGCUCUAUAUCAGCCAUCUGUACUCCUGAACCCGCGGACGUUCCAGCCCUCCACAGCAUACUACCCUGCUGGGGCUCAGCUCUUCAUGAACUACACGGCGUACUACCCCAGGUAAAGCAGAAGAGAAAUCAAACAGGAACAAAGAAGUCUUUUUGCAGCAAAUGCACAAAACUCUCAAAAGAACAUUGUCUGUCAUGCUAAAGGCUUGUGCUACCAAGAUCAGCUUGUUCAGUAUCUUGUUCAGGGAAACAACUUCAGGAUACCUAGGGCUUUCCCAAGUUUUAGAGUAUUUUUAAAACAUAAGUCACGUGGUUACAGUAGGAAUUUUUUUGACGUGCCUCUUCAAUUUGUUUGCAUUGUUAUGCCCUCUGUGGGAGCUGAUGUGUGCACUAUAUCUUCUCGUGUCCGUAAAGAAAUCCUUGGCCCCUUUUCAGAAGGGGUGGAUUGGGAACUUUUGCUGCCUCUUUGUUUUUGUAAUAAAGUACAAUUGACCUUCAUUGUGAAAAUGCUCUUGUUUACUUAUUUAUGAAAGUAUUGCUUUGAAGUAUACGUGAAUUGAAUGCAUAUGUGAGGCAUAUGUGCCUUGAAGCAUACAUUCCUGACCUCAUGAACACCUCACACAAAGGGCUUUUGGCUCUUCUGGAGAUAUUAACUGUUUUCUGCAGAACAGACUGUUGGAGACUCUUGGUGAUGCUUAUUCUCUGCAGUCAUGAGGCCUUGAAAAGAGCUGUGUUCCCAUAAGCCAUAAAACACUCCUCAUCUGUCAGAGAACCUGAUAAAGAACACCAAAUUUUCUAUCAGGUUCUGAGAAGAGUUUUCUUAUCUCUGGAAGAGGGUCCAAAUAAUUACUUAUGAAGUUGUUGACCAGUGCGGGCUCCUACUUUGUAAGAUAAACAAAGUUUUCUUAUUACUUUAAGCUAAAUCAGAAUGUCUGUGAACUGCCUGUUUUUUCAUUAAAGUGUUUUCUGCACCCAUGCAUUAUUUUUUAUAAUGCCUUCUUGACUGUCCUAUGGUUAUGACUUGUUACCAAACUCAGCCUCUUUAAUGUAAGAUCAAGAAAAAUAAAAUUCCAGAACUUGCACUGGCAAUAUAAAACACAUUUCUCAAUAUAAUAGCUCUGUAUGUCAAGUAGUAGUUUGGUGUGACUUUAGCAUAUUGUGGUUCUUAUGGUGACUAUAGAACUGCUACUACAGACUUAGCACCAAGCCCUACAGAGACCUCACACUGAGUAGGGCUCCACAUGAGUCCUGUUGUUGGCUGCUUGGGCUGUUGGUUAUGCUGGUUACAGCCUGAUCAAUCCCAAGUGAAAAUAUCCUUUUUUAUGUCCUUAACUAACUGAUGGUGCUAUAAAAUUCUUUGGAAACUAUAUAGUAAUUCUUAUGAGGAUUACAAGUACUUGUCUCUUUUUUAUUAUUCUCUCAAAUGAAAAGAUUUCUGGAGCGAACUUGGAUGCUUUCCAUUUAAUGACAUCUGUUUGUGAUCUGGAAAUUGUUUUUUUUUUUCUGUCCAGAAUA